AUGGAACAAAUGGGAAGAAGUAUACUGGAGAAGAACAAAGUCUGCAGCCUCGAUGACGUCAGGCUGGGGUUUCAUCUCCCUCCAUUCUCGUCAGUUCCCCACCUCCACCUCCACGCUCUAGCUCCAGCCAGUAAGAUGAACUUGAAGUCUCAGCUUCGCUACGGGCAGCAGUCUUACUGGUUUAUUACAGUAGACAAAGUGCUUUCACAGCUGAAGACUCAUGGCAAAGUGAAAUGAGCAGAUGCAGGUGUAGCAACCUUGUUUGCUGCUCACAGGUUAUUUAAUUAGCAUCCAUGCACUGAGUGCACUUUACAUGACUUCUCCAGCCUGUUUGGCAUUCUGGUGCUAAUACGUUUGAAUAUUUUCCUCCAUGCCACAUGCUGACUUGGU